AUGCUCGUUAUCAACCACAAGCUCAUCAUGCUGGCCGUUCUGGUGCUGGCCAUCUUCCUGGCUGUCGCUGAAUCGGCCGAGGCUGCCUCCACAAAGCACUGCCGUGCCCUCAAGAAGAAGAAGCACCGCAAGCACAGGAAAGCACCCACGUCGACUCGAAAGUCGACUCCUUCGCCCCAGCCGACCACCAAGUCGACGCCCAAGUCGAGCCCAGUGCAGGCUGCCGCGCCGAAGGUCACCUCGUCCGCCGCCUCCACUCCCAAGGCUACCAGCUCCAAGGCGGCGGCUCCAUCCAGUUCUGCUGCGCCUGUCACCGCGGCUCCCUCCAACAUCACCGUCACCGGUUUCUCCCCUCCUCACGGCAAGGCCGGUGUUGCGGGCGGCAACUCGCUCAAGUGGCUGUCCGGUGCCGUCGGGUGGUACUACGACUGGACUCCUACGCCCGACAACCCGAACAUCGGCAACGGUCUCGCUGUUCCCAUGCUGUGGGGUCUCGGACGUGUCAACCACGACGACGACGUUGCUCGACUGAAUGAGUUCAAGACCGUCAAGCCCGGAUCGGCCCCUUUCGUGAUGGGCUUCAAUGAGCCCGAUUUCACCGGUGGUGGAUCGUCCGGCACGAUCCCCAUCGCCGACGCUGCCGCCGGAUGGGAGCAGUACCUUGCACCGCACAAAGCCGCCGGUGCCAAGCUCAUCUCCCCCUCCAUGGCCAUGCAGCAAUCGGAAACCUGGCUCGCUCCCUUCCUCAAGGCCGUCAAGACCCAGCCCGACAUCAUCGCCGUCCACAUCUUCAAGGACAACAUGGACGGAGUCAACACGGUGCUCAACCACUUUGCGCAGUACGGAAAGCCCAUGUGGAUCACCGAGUUUGCCUGCAUCAACUACGAGGGACCCAGCCCGGUGUACUGCGACCAGGACAAGGUCGACUCGAUGCUGACGUCCAUGGUGCAGCUGUUCGAGGCGGACUCGAGGGUGGCGGCGUACUCUGUCAGCGACGCCGCCAACGGUCCCUACGGUGACCUGACAACCAACCAGCAGGGUCAGAACCUCACCACCACCGGCCAGACCUACUGGGACGCCAUCAAGGCCGUCAACUCGAGGAAGCAGCGCCGAAACCUUCGUCCCGCUCGCCGAUAA